AUGCCUCGAAAUGGCUCAGGGUCAAGGGAUUCAUCAAUUCUACACCAGUCUGGACUCGGGGGAGCUGUAGCUCGUUUUUACCAGCGUACCUAUGCGGGUGACUAUAUCGCAUUAGGGUGUCUCAUGGCAGGAUGGCUAAUGAUCCCAAUCUUUAUCAAUCCUUUCCACCGCAUGUUUUCCCUCGAUAACAAGUCUAUUCAGUAUCCAAUGGCUGCCCACGAACGAGUGACUCUCAUCUGGUCCAUAAUUUUCGCCGGCGUGAUUCCUCUUGGUAUCAUACUUUUGUGGUCUGCUCUUUCGCGCCCUGGUGUACAACAAACCCAGGCCACAGUACUCGGAUUUCUAGUCUCGCUCAUCCUUGGGACAUUUUUGACAGAUGUCAUCAAGAACGUGGUUGGCAGGCCUCGUCCUGAUCUGUUGGCGCGAUGCAAGCCGGCCCGCGGCACGGCCGACAAUGUGCUUCUCUCGUGGACUGUCUGUACAGAGCCUAACCAAAGACUCCUUUUUGAAGGAUGGCGCAGCUUCCCAAGUGGACACAGUAGCUUUUCCUUCAGUGGGUUGGGAUACUUGACCCUCUUUUUUUGCGGUCAGAUGCGUGUCUUCCGGCCUCGAUCGGAUCUUGGUCGAUGUUUGAUUGCCUUCACCCCCCUCUUUUGUGCUCUUUUGGUCGCAUUGUCACGCUUGGCAGAUUACCGCCAUGACGUUUGGGAUGUGACCUGUGGUGGACUUUUGGGAAUGGCGGUGGCUUGGUUUUCAUACCGUCGCUACUAUCCAUCAUUGUGGUCUGUUCGCUGUGAUGUAACCUAUGAUAAGGCCGACUUUGCAACCCAGGAAAGCUUCGGGAGGUCAGACGAUGAAGAACAUGGGCUGUCGCGACCUUUUAUCUCUCAAGACGAAGAAAACUCUGAAGAAUAUACCCUUGGAACCAUGGAGUCAGGCCGGUGA